CAUCAGUAUGCGUUUACGCAAUACCAGUCACUAAUCUCUUUGUAAGAUGACAGCAAGUCCUAUUCAAUGCCUCUGGGCUUUAAAGAAACUUACUUCUUCACACUGAUCCAGUGGCAGUAUGGCUCUGCUCAUCCACAUAUUGGCCUGCAGCUUUGGAGUUGGCUCUUGGGUGGCGGUGAAUGGACUGUGGGUGGAGCUGCCGCUCAUUGUCAACACACUCCCUGAAGGUUGGGAGCUCCCCUCCUACCUGACAGUGAUCAUCCAGCUGGCCAAUGUGGGACCUUUGCUGGUCACCCUGAUGCACAAACUGAACCCAGGGUGUCUUAAAGAGAAUAUUGUCAUUUACUCCAUCCUCUCCAUCGGUGUCCUGUCCUGCAUUCUGCUCGCCUUCUUCUGGGACAGAACUACGGUCUUUGCAGGAGCAUCACAUAGCACAGCCUUCUUCGUCAUAAUUUUCUUCCUUUCUCUGGUGGACUGCACUUCUUCGGUUACGUUCUUGCCUUUCAUGAUGCAGCUGCCGGCAAAAUACAUCACCACAUAUUAUAUUGGAGAAGGGCUAAGUGGUUUCAUUCCUGGUGUAGUUGCUCUAGCUCAGGGUGUGGGUAUGGCCAUAUGUGUCAACUCUUCUGAGACUUCAGGAAACAACACAGGGUCAUUGCACACAGAGUAUCUUCCCCCAAACUUCUCCACUGAGGUGUUUUUCUUCAUCCUAGGAGCCAUGAUGUGCAUAAGCCAGGCUGCUUUUGUCGCACUGAAUAGACUUCCUCGGAUAUACGAACUGUCCACUGAGAACCUUGUGCAGGAUACAGUGCCAUCUGUCAGCUCUGGUCUGGACAACUCAGGGGCUGAGACUGAUGGAGAGCGUGUGAGAAACAAUGGUGAGAUGGCUAACCAGGGCAGCCAUAUGAUGGCAAAAUACUCCAUGUACCAGCUGACCAUCAUUUACUUUCUGGUGGCGUGGGUUAAUGCCGCAACCAACGGCCUGCUUCCCUCUGUGCAGACAUACUCCUGUAUACCGUACGGGAACUUGGCAUAUCACCUCUCUGCAUCUCUGGCAUCCGUGGCCAACCCACUGGCCUGUACGCUUGCAAUGUUUUUCCAGAACAGGUCACUGAUCUUUCUGGGAAUUCUGACAGUGGUGGGGACAGGAUUUGGCAGCUAUAACAUGGCGAUGGCAGCUAUGAGUCCAUGUCCUUUGCUUCAUGGGACUGCAGUGGGAGAGGCGAUAAUUGUGCUCUCAUGGCUCUUCUUUACUGGAACGCUGUCUUAUGUCAAAGUCAUGGUGGGUGUCAUCCUGAGAGACCAGAGCCACAACGCUUUGGUCUGGUGUGGAGCUGCGACACAGAUGGGCUCACUAGUGGGCUCCAUCAUUAUGUUCCCGCUGGUUAACAUUUACCGGCUCUUUAAGUCAGGAGACUUCUGCAACACUGAGUGUCCUCUAAUACCACAGAACUGAGGACAAGCUGGAGACUUUUGGGACGUGCGCUUAAUUAGAUCUUUUUUUUUUUUUUUUUUUUUGCUGUGAGCUAAAUGAAAGGAUCAAUAGCAUUCUCAUGUCUAUAAACAAAAAGUGAAGCCAGUAACUCUUGGGUUCUUUUUUUUUUUUUCCACUAUCUCUGAGCAUUACACAGUCUGAAUUUGGGAUAAAUUUGCAGGGACAUCCACUCCUGGGAAGAUUGUGACAUUGUGUUAAAACACACCUGAAUGCUCCAGACCAGCAAACUGCCAAAACACUUGCUUUUAUAGAGGUGGUCACACUUGCUGCAUUUGAUUAGCAACACUUGGCUGCUACUCACCAUCUUAAUUCCUGUGGAAACCGUUUCAGUUUCAGGGGUGAUCCCUAGCUUUGGACAGAACUCAGUUAGCUGCUUUUACCUUUUUCCAGUAGUGAGACUGGUAUAAAUGUUCUCAUAUGUAGUUUUAUUUACUUUGCGUUUUACUUUGUGUUUAUUACAACAUGUCUGCACUUUAAAAUAAACAUAA